UGUUGGUAGUGGGAUGCGGACUACUCCAAGGAAAACUCCCACGCCUCAGAAUUUCUCCUGUGCUCACACACGCACAGACACACACAAACUUCCAGAAGACACACAGACAGGAGCCGUCAAGACUUCGGACAAGCUGUCAGAGCUCCGAAAUGUCGCUCCUCAUCCACAUUUGGACCACUCUGGCGUUGCUGUGGUGCCCCGCCUGGACGCAGGCACCCGACUUAUCAGACGGGUGCACGGAAGGAAGCUGCUACCCGGCCACAGGUAACCUACUGAUCGGUCGGGCUCACAAGCUCAACGCCUCGUCCACCUGCGGCCUCGGCGGAGGCGAAACUUUCUGCAUCGUGGGACACUUGGAGGAGGAGACCAACUGCUUUGUGUGCGACUCCAGGCACCCGUACGACAAGGACGUCAACCCGCUGAGCCACACCAUCGAGCACGUGGUCACCACCUUCGGCCCCAACCGCCUCAAGACGUGGUGGCAGUCGCAAAACGGUGUGGAGAACGUGACCAUCAAGCUGGACCUGGAAGCCGAGUUCCAUUUCACGCAUCUCAUCAUGACUUUUAAGACGUUCCGGCCGGCCGCCAUGGUGAUCGAGCGUUCCAUGGACUUUGGGACGACGUGGCAGGUGUACCGCUACUUUGCCUACGAUUGCCGCUCGGCGUUCCCCGGCGUGUCCCCGGGGCCCAUGCUUAAGGUGGACGACAUCAUCUGCGACUCGCACUACUCCGACAUCGAACCCUCCACCGAGGGAGAGGUGAUCUUCCGGGUGCUGGACCCCGCCUUUGAGAUUGAGGACCCGUACAGCUUGAGGAUUCAGAACAUGCUGAAGAUCACCAACCUGCGUGUCAACUUCCUGAAGCUGCACACGCUGGGAGACAACCUGCUGGACAAGCGCGAGGAGGUGACACAGAAGUACUACUACGCCCUCUACGACAUGGUGGUCCGGGGAAACUGCUUCUGCUACGGACACGCCUCCGAAUGCGCCCCCAUCGAGGGAGCCCCCACUGGGGCCGAGGGAAUGGUUCACGGGCGUUGCGUGUGCACCCACAACACCGAGGGCCUGAACUGCCAGCGAUGCCGGGACUUCCAUCACGACCUCCCCUGGAGGCCCGCCGAGGGCCGCAACGCGCACGCUUGCAAGAGGUGCGAGUGCAACCGCCACUCGGGUUCCUGCCACUUCGACAUGGCCGUCUACACGACGACGGGUAACGUCAGCGGUGGAGUGUGCGACGACUGCCAGCACAACACGGUGGGGCGCCAGUGCGAGCAGUGCGCCCCCUUCUUCUAUCAGCACCCCAACCGGGACCUGCGGGACCCCAACGUCUGCGAGCCUUGUAACUGUGACCCGGUGGGAUCCCUGGAAGGAGGGCUUUGUGACGCCAGGACCGACGUGGGGGCCGGACUCAUCUCGGGCCAGUGUCGCUGCAAAGCCCACGUUGAGGGGAUCCGCUGCGACCACUGCAGACGCGGACACUACGGACUGGGAAAGGGACCGGACGGAUGCCUGGCCUGUUCCUGCAGCCCCCUGGGAACGCUGCCGGGAAGCGACUCCUGCGACCCCGAUUCAGGAAGGUGCUUCUGCAAGCGGCUGGUCACCGGACACGAAUGCGACCAGUGUCCGCCACAACACUGGGGUCUAUCCAAUGACAUGGAUGGAUGUAGACCAUGUGACUGCGACAAGGGCGGGGCCCUCAACAACAACUGCGACCCGGUGUCCGGACAGUGCGAAUGCAGGGAGCACAUGUUCGGCCGGCGCUGCAACCAACUGGAGUCCGGUUACUACUUCAUCGCUUUGGACCAUUACACCUACGAAGCCGAAGAGGCCAUACUCGGACCCGGUGCGACGACGGUCCAUCGACCGUACCCUCUGGAUCGCACCCCCACGUGGACCGGGAUGGGGUUUGCCAACGUACCAGAGGGAGCCUCUUUAGAGUUUAUCAUAGACGACAUCCCGGACUCCAUGGACUACGAUGUUCUCAUCCGCUACGAGCCGCAGCUUCCAGAGCAGUGGGAGCAGGUGGACUUCCGAGUCCAGCGUGCCGUUUUCAACCCUCCCGACUACUCCGCCCACUGCGGCGGUUCCAUCGGCGACGGCGACGAGCAGUACGUCUCCCUGCCGCCCGGCUCGAGACACGUGUUAUUGCCCACCUCCGUUUGUUUCGAGAAGGGACAGAACCACACCGUCCACCUCGGCCUGCCGCUCUACUCGUCCUACAGCGACACGCAGAACCCCUACACCCUCGUCGAUUCUCUGGUACUGAUGCCUCGUGUCCGGGAGCUGGAAAUAUUCCUGGGCGCAGAGGGCGAAGUAGCGUGGGACACGUUCCAGCGCUACCGUUGCUUGGAAAGCAGCCAGAGCGUGGUCAAGAGCCCAAUGACGGACAUCUGCAACGAAUACAUUUUCAGCGUCUCGGCGUUGCUGCACAAAGGGGCCAUGCCGUGCCAGUGUGACCCGCAAGGUUCCGUCAGCUCCGUGUGCGAACCCCACGGAGGCCAAUGUCAAUGCCGACCCAAAGUGGUCGGGAGGAACUGCGACCACUGCGCCCCUGACACCUUCCUCUUCAGUCCGUCCGGAUGCAGGCUCUGCGAAUGCGACCCUCGAGGCGCCAUCGGCGCACUUUGCCACCAAUCCACCGGCCAGUGCACGUGUGUUCCCGGCGCCACGGGGCGCCAAUGCGCUCACUGUCUACCGGGAUUUUGGGGCUUCCCUCAUUGCAGACCGUGCCAAUGUAACGGCCACAGCGAAGUCUGCCACCCCGAGACGGGGGAGUGCCAAGGCUGCCGAGACCUAACCGCCGGGCACUACUGCGAGAGAUGUCUGGACGGUUACCACGGUGACCCUGAGCUGGGAUCCGACAGCCACUGUCGACCCUGUCUGUGCCCCGACGGCCCUGGUUCGGCACGUCAGUUUGCCGACAGCUGCUACGUAGAAGCCGAUACAAACGCGCUGGUGUGCGUGUGCAGCUCCGGCUACAGAGGUGCCGCCAUUCGGGACAUCCGUGUUUGUGUCAUUCGCUUCGUCCGCAAUUCCCUCUUUUGGCUUCCUUCAGGUGCCAGGUGCGACGAGUGUGCCCCAGGUCACUUCGGUAACCCGCUGCUGCCCGCCGGGCGUUGCUUGGCGUGCCAGUGCAACGGAAACAUCAACACGCAAGACCCCGGCUCCUGCGACGUCCGCACGGGCUCGUGUCUUAAGUGUCUGUACCACACGGACGGCUACGCCUGCCAGCACUGCAAAAGCGGCUACUACGGCAAUGCCGCCGCUCAAAGCUGCAGAAAGUGCAUGUGCCGGCCGACGGGCACGGCGCCGCACGCAUGUUCCUCGCCGGAUGAGUGCCAGUGCGACCAGCACAGUGGGCAAUGCGCCUGCCUGCCCAACGUGGUGGGCCAGAACUGCGAGCGCUGCGCGGAGGACACGUGGAACAUGGCGAGCGGGACGGGCUGCCAGGCGUGCGACUGCGACCCGCUCCAUUCAUUUGGGUCUUCUUGUGAUGAGGUGACGGGACGGUGCUCGUGUAAACCCGGUUUUGGCGGCAGGACGUGUCGGGAAUGCAGGGAGCUCUUCUGGGGGGAUCCGGAAGUCAAAUGUCACGCCUGCGACUGCGACAGCCGCGGGAUUUCCAGCCAGCAGUGUGACCGCGUGACCGGACACUGCACGUGCGUGGAGAGCGUGGCGGGCCCUCGUUGUGACAAAUGCGCCAGGGGUUACCAAGGAGAGUUCCCGGACUGCCAGCCUUGUCAUCAGUGCUUUGCCACCUGGGACGGGGUGGUCGAGGAGCUGAGCAACCAAACGCGGCGACUGGAGGCGAAGGUGGCCGAGCUUCAGACUAGCGGCGUAACAGCGCCGUACAAAGACUUGGUGAGCAGCCUGGAAAGCAACAUCAAGGCAAUCAAGGAGAUUGUGGAGACCAACCCUGCGGCGAUGAAGCUGGAAGAGAUCCAGGACCUGAUGCACCAGAUUACUGGGGUCAUGUCCUACGUGGACGGGAAGCUCAACACAUCAGAGGAGACCUUAAAUGUCCUCCAAAGUGACGCCAACGUCACCGACACCAACUUGGAUGAGCUGACGGAGCGGGCAAACGGGUUGGAGCGCCGUGUUCAGGAGCUCAGGCAGCAGGUGUAUGAUGCCAAGAAUGCAAACUUCCAGGGUGCCAUGGACACCAUCUUAGAGGCAAAGGAGGAGUCGCUGAGAGCGGAAAUCCGAGUCAAUGCCUCCAGCAGCGAUCGCGGGAGCUCCGUGGAGCAGUCGGCGGCGCUUCGGAAAGUCACCGAGGAGAAGCUGAGUGGAAGUCACAAGGACUUUGAUCGCAAGCACCAGCGAAACACUCAGAAGCUGGACAAGCUCAAGAGCGAUCUGGAGAAACUGGAUCUGGCACCUCUCAGCGAGAAGAUGUGCGGCGGUUCGGCCGAAGGCGACGAGUGCGCCGGAUCUCCUUGCGGCGGCUUGGGCUGCGGGGAUGGCGGCUCCCGGUGUGGCGGCCAAGGAUGCGGAGGCCUCGUCGUCACCUCCGGAAAUGCUCUCAAGUCAGCCAAGGAGCUGGACGAAGAAAUCCUGGCAGCCAUGCGAGAGGUGAACCAGCUCUCCAGGAUGGUGUGGGAGGCGAGCAAUCGAGCGAGGGAGGCCAAAGUCAACGCUCAGCAGGUGCUGAUCAAAUCCAACCAGAGCAAAGAGCGAGUGGAGCAGAGCAACCAGCAACUGCGCGGCCUCAUUAAAGACAUACGAGACCUUCUCACCAACGACAAGGCCAACGCAUCCGUCAUCGAGGCGGUCGCCAACGAGGUCUUAGCCCUGGAGAUGCCCGCGUCCAGCGCGAAGCUGCAGGAGCUGACCAGGGAAAUCAAGGAGAAGGUCAACGCUUUGACCAACGUGGAGAGCAUCCUCAGCCAGAGUGCAAAUGACAUGAAAGCUGCGGAGAAGCUCUUGAAGCAGGCCGAGGCCGCCAACAAGGACGCGUCAGACCUGAAGGAGCGCUCGGAAACGGUGAAGAUGGCGCUGGAUGAAACCGAGCGUGCUCAGAACCUUGCCCUGGGUGCUAUCCGACUGGCCCGGAACAACACAGAGGGAACUCUGGACCUUCUACUUUCCGCGGAUACGGAGACGGCCGCGUCAGAGCAGCGUCUGAGCAAUACCACGGGGCGGCUGCUGCAGCUGGAGCUAGAGGUGGGCUUCCUACGGCAGAACGAGCUGGAGGUCAACAGCGUGGCGGAGACCGCCGAUCACGUCAGCCAACGCGCCGCGAAGGCGGCCGACGAGGCCCAGCAGGAGUUUGACGCAGAGGUGAAGGACAAACUGGAGCAGGUGGAGGACCUACUGGAGGACAAAGGGGAGUCGGUGCUGCAAGCGAGGAGACGAGCGGACGAGCUGCAGCAGGAGGCCAGGGACCUGCUGGCUCAGAGCAGCGUCAAGCUGAAGACACUACAAGAGCUGGAGAGUUCCUACGCGGACAACCAAGAAAUCCUCGAGGCGAAAGCCACGGAGGUGGCCGAGCUGGAGGAGGCCGCCCGCCGCAUCCUGGACGACAUCAGCCGCAAGGUGAUGCUCUUCAGCACCUGCCUGUGAGAGGAGCAGGCGCGAGUCGACAUCCCGUCCAUCGUGAGAAGGAAACCACUAGACGCCAAACGGACCUCAUUUGAGCAUCCACCACUUACACAAAGUUAGGGAGAUUGGACUUUGGGGUGACACUUGCUGUUCGUUCAAGUCCUGAAACACUGAACAUUCAAAUGAAGGUUUUUUUUUUAAAUCUAUUUUAGCUCAAAGUACAAUUUUGUGUACAAUAUUAGAUUACCGACCAAAUCUUUUUUGAAGUCUCCUCGACUAACUUUGUGGAAUCCUACUUAACCAAAAACAUGUAUUUUCUGUUCCAAGCAAAAUAAAAAGUAUACAUUUUUGCUCCUAAUCACAUUGUUGUCAUGAAAAUGUUGGGCUUGGCUUCCCCUUUGUUUUUGUUUAUAAAAUAAACUUUGAGCCACAACCA